AUGAUGCCCAAUCCUCCUCAAGUGCUCAUCACCGGAGCCACCGGUUAUAUUGGAGGGGACGUCCUUCAAGCUAUUCUGCUCAAGUUUCCUCAACUAGAGCCUUUGAUAUGCUGUCUAGUGCGCAAGCCAGAGUACGGCGAGCGUCUCCAAUCCAUCUAUCCAUCUCUGAAGCUGGUGUAUGGAUGUUUCAGUGACACGUUGCUGCUGGAAGCCCUCGCUUCUGAGGUCGAUAUUGUUAUUCAUUGUGCCAAUAUUGAGGAUGUUUCGCCCACCCAAGCACUGGCUCGAGGGCUUGCGAAGCGGGAUCGUCCAGGCCCAGCAUUUUGGAUCUGUGCAUCCGGCACGGAUAUCCUUGCAUGGGAAACAAUCUUUCACGGUAGUUACGGAAAAACACGUGACAGAGUCUACAAUGACAUGGAAGGUGUUGGUGAGAUUCUCGCACUGCCGGACAAUGCCCCCCAUCGGGAAGUUGAGGCGGUACAGCAAGCUGCGGGGAGUGAUCGAGUUAAGGUGGCUAUUGUCUGUGCACCUUGCAUCUACGGACAGGGCCGAGGACACGGCAAUCAACGCAGCAUUCAACUACCAAAUUUAGCUCGUUCUAUUAUUGAAACCGGAAAAGCUUUCAUGGUUGGUCCCGGCCGCAACCGAUGGGCCAAUGUUCACAUACACGAUCUGAGCGAUUUGUUUGUUCGCCUGGCCGGCGAUGCCAUCGAUGGAGGAGGAAAGGCGACUUGGGGCUUAGAGGGUUACUACUUCGCAGAGAAUGGAGAACAUGUGUGGGGAGAGAUUGCUAAAAGCAUGGCGCAUGAAGCUCAAAAGCAAGGCCUAGUGGUAUCUCCGGAUGUGGUAUCGUGGACAGCUGAAGAGGCAGAUCAGCAUUUGGAAUACUGUGCUUUGUUCUACGGUACAGACUCUCGGUGCGAGGCCAGCCGCGCGCGACAAGUUCUCGGUUGGAACCCCAAGAUGCACAGUAUCGUCGAGGAGAUACCGGCAACAUUAGCCAUCGAAAAGAGGUCUGUGAAAUAA